CAUAUUUGACCUGCUCAGUUUGUGCUAAAAGCUUUUCUGUUAAGAGCAUGUUGACUCGACACAUGAGAACACACACAGGUGAAAAAAUAUUUAAUUGUUCAGUUUGUGGCGUAAGCUUUUCUCAAAAUAGCCAUUUGAAUCGACAUAUCAGAAAACACAAAGGAGUAAAACCAUUUAAUUGUUCAGUUUGUGGCGCAUCCUUUUCUCAAAAAAGCCAUUUGACUGGACACAGGAGAACACACAUAGGAAAAAUAACAUUCAUUUGUUCAGUUUGUGGCAAACGCUUUUCUGUUAAGAGGAAUUUGACCCAACACAUGACAACACACACAGGAGAAAAUGCAUUUAAUUGUUCAGUUUGUGACAAAAGCUUUUCUCGAAAUAGCUCUUUGACUGAACACAUGAGAACACACACAGGGGAAAAACCAUUUAUUUGUUCAGUUUGUGGCAAAAGCUUUUCUCGAAAUAGCCAUGUAACUCAACACAUGAGAACACACACAGGUGAAAAACCAUUCAAUUGUUCAAUUUGUGGCAAAAUCUUUUCUCAAAAUAGCCAUUUGACUCAACACAUGAGAACACACUCAGGUGAAAAACCUUUUAAUUGUCCAGUUUGCGGCGAAAGUUUUUCUCAAAAUUGCCAUUUGACUCAACACGUGAGAACACACACAGGUGAAAAAACAUUUAAAUGUUUAGUCUGUGACAAAAGCUUUUCUCAAAAUUGCCGUUUGACUCUACACAUGAGACAACACACAGGUGAAAAAACAUGUAAUUGUUCAGUUUGUGGCAAAAUCUUUUAUCGAAAUUUUUCUUUGACUCAACACAUGAAAACACACACAGGUGAAAAACCAUUUAACUGUUUGAUUUGUGGUGAAAACUAUUCUAUUAAGAGCCGUUUGAAUGAACACAUGAGAACACACACAGGUGAAAAACCAUUUAGUUGUUCAGUGUGCUGUAAAAGGUUCCCACGUAAUGGAGACGCAGUAAAACACAUGAGAACACACAAGAGAAAAUAACCAAUUAUCUGUUUACAAACCCCGUUUCUAGAUGAGAUGGGAAAUUGUGUUAGAUGUAAAUAUAAACGGAAUACAAUGAUUUGAAAAUCCUUUUUAACCCAUAUUCAGUUGAAUAUGCCACAAAGACAACAUAUUUGAUGUUCAAACUGAUUAACAUGAAUUUUUUUGCAAAUAUUCAUUAACUUUAGAAUUUGAUGCCAGCAACACGUGAAUAAGAAGUUGGGUAAGGUGGCAAUAAACACUGAUAAAGUUAAGGAAUGCUCAUCAAUCACUUAUUUGGAACAUUCCACAGGUGUGCAGGCUAAUUGAGAACAGGUGGGUGCCAUGAUUGGCUAUAAAAGCAGCUCAUUCUUUCACAAGAAAGGAUGGGGCGAGGUACACCCCUUUGUCCACAACUGCGUGAGCAAAUAGUCAAACAGUUUAAGAACAACCUUUCUCAAAGUGACAUUGCAAGAAAUUGAGGGAUUUCAACAUCUAGGUCCAUAAUAUCAUCAAAAGGUUCAGAGAAUCUGGAGAAAUCACUCCACGUAAGCGGCAUGGCCGGAAACCAACAUUGAAUGACCGUGACUUUCAAACCCUCAGACGGCACUGUAUCAAAAACCGAUAUCAAUCUCUAAAGGAUAUCACCACAUGGGCUCGGGAAUACUUCUGAAAACCACUGACAUUAAAUACAGUUUGUCCCUACAUUUGUAAGUGCAAGUUAAAGCUCUACUAUUCAAAGCGAAAGCCAUUUAUCAACAACACCCAGAAACGUUGCAGGCUUCUCUGGGCCCGAGAUCAUCGAGGUGGACGGAUGCAAAGUGGAAAAGUGGUCUGUGGUCUUACGAGUCCACAUUUCAAAUUAUUUUUGGAAAUAUUCGACAUCGUGUCAUCCGGACCAAAGGAGAAGCGAACCAUCCAGACUGUUAUCGACGCAAAGUUCAAAAGCCAGCAUCUGUGAUGGUAUGGGGGUGUAUUAGUGCCCAAGGCAUGGGUAACUUACACAUGUGUGAUGGUAUGGGGGUGUAUUAGUGCCCAAGGCAUGGGUAACUUACACAUGUGUGAUGGUAUGGGGGUGUAUUAGUGCCCAAGGCAUGGGUAACUUACACAUCUGUGAAGGCACCAUUAAUGCUGAAAGGUACAUACAGGUUUUGGGACAACAUAUGCUGCCAUCUAAGCGCCGUCUUUUUCAUGGACGCCCCUGCUUAUUUCAGCAAGACAAUGCCAAGCCACAUUCAGCACGUGUUACAACAGUGUGGCUUCAUAAAAAAAGACUGCGUGUACUUUCCUGGCCCGCCUGCAGUCCAGAACUGUCCCCCAUCGAAAAUGUGUGGCGCAUUAUGAAACGCAAAAUAGGACAGUGGAGACCCCGGACUGUUGAACGACUGAAGCUCUACAUAAAACAAGAAUGGGAAAGAAUUCCACUUUCAAAGCUUCAACAAUUAGUUUCCUCACUUCCCAAACGUUUAUUGAGUGUUGUUAAAAGAAAAGGUGAUGUAACACAGUGGUGAACAUGCCCUUUCCCAACUACUUUGGCACGUGUUGCAGCCAUGAAAUUCUAAAUUAAUUAUUAUUUGCAAAAAAAAGUAAAGUUUAUGAGUUUGAACAUCAAAUAUCUUGUGUUUGUAGCAUAUUCAAUUGAAUAUGGGUUGAAAAGGAUUUGCAAAUCAUUGUAUUCUGUUUAUAUUUACAUCUAACACAAUUUUGGGUUUUGUAGUUUGUGUAGCGAGUGUAAAAUGUGACUCCUCCCCCUCCAGCCAACGUAAAAGAGGAGUAAAAUAAUCAAUCAGUAACCCCACUUCAAAUGCAGCAUGAGACACUGCACACUGAUAUAGUUCUGUGAAAAUGAUUGUCUUCUGUGCAAAUGUAAAGAAAGUGAACAGUGUGUGAUUUACUGCAAUACUGUCACUCUUUCUACUUUUUAUUUGGGCUUUGUUGAAAUUGUUCACACAUUGCACUGCUUUUAUUUUUCUGUCAAUACACAUUAUGUCUAGAAGACAGGAAGUAACUCAACACUCUUGAAUAGUUUCUACCUCAGUGUGUAUGGUUUGUUGAGUUAGCACAGGAUUAAUAUGUGGGAAUGACAAAUGAGGUAGUUGUUUUUUGUUCAGUCCUGAAUGGGUUGUGACUUAAAGUGGAAUUGCUUUGGAGAAACACUGAGAUUAAAGGCCUACUGAAAGCCACUACUAGUCUGAUAGUUUAUAUAUCAAUGAUGAAAUAUUAACAUUGCAACACAUGUUUACUAAACUGCAAUUUUAAAUUUUCUGCGAGGUAUCCUGUUGAAAACGUCGCGGAAUCAUGACGUGUGCUUGUGAUGUUAUCGGUUGGAGCAGACAUUUCAGCCCCAUCCUUUGCAAUUUGUUCAAUUAAUAAUGGAGACGUCAAAGAAGAAUGCUGUUGGUGGAAAGCGGUGUAUUGCAGCUGCCUUCAGCACCGAGACACAGCCGGUGUUUCUUUGUUUGUUUUGAAGCUUUAACACAGAGCGGUCAAGCCAACAUGUUUCUCUACGUCAACCAGCAAGUUUUGGGAUGGGAAAAUUGUGAUAUUAAGUCGGUUCUUACCGGAGACUUGAGUGGAAAAUGCGACCUCCUGCAGCUCAGAAAGGCAGCUGUGAUCUUGGCUCCUCGGCUUCUCUCAGAGACACUGGCGUUCACCGCAGCCAUCCCACUUUCAGGUAUGACUUUAUAAUCUCACUAAAACACUAUUAAUACAAUAAGUCUCACAACAAAAUUGUGAUAUUAAGUCGGCUCUUACCGGAGACUUGAGUGGAAAAUGCGACCUCCUGCAGCUCAAAAAGGCAGAUGUGAUCUUGGCUCCUCGGCUUCUCUCAGAGACAGUGGCGUUCACCGCAGCCAUCCGACUUUCAGGUAUGACUUUAUAAUCUCAAUAAAACACUAUUAAUACAAUAAGUGUCACACCUAUGGAUCAUGUUUUGUUUUGUCAUGUUAUGUUUUUGAUUUUGGACAAUCAGUCACGUUUUGCACUUCCUGGUUUUGUUUGUUUCCAUGCCAACGUAUUAGUUCCCACCUUGUCACGCCCCUGCCCUCGGUCCCGCACCUGUUCCUGAUUAUCACAGUAGUAUUUAAGUAAUUUUCUUUCUGUUCAUCAUUCUGGGAUCUUCUCACACUCGCACGCACCCCACCCAUGCUGUUCAAACCCUCACGUCCUCGUCCACAGUUCCAUGCCGUGUAAGUUUAUGUAUUUAUGCCACAGUGCUAGUUUUUGUUUUGUUUGUAUAUAGUCAUGCCAUUGUUUUGUUUUAAGUAUAGUACAGAUUUUUAUCCGCCACAGAGCGCGUCCUUGGUUUGCCUUUUUGUAAUU